GUGACGCAGCCCCACCGCUGCAUAAAUAGCGGCGGCAGCAAACUGCGGCUUCGAAAGCUACAGAAAAAGAGAGCAAAAUGCAAGCCGUGUCUUCACGUUCGACACGUUCCGCCCGGACCGGCGGACGACUUUUGGCCUCGCGACGAGACCUUCACAGCAGGAGAGAGGCAGCAAGCGCACGAUUGCUCAGCACGGCGGGCGUCCUCUUGAGCAGCAGAGAGUGGUCAGCAAAGCCCAGUUUGCUGGCCCAGCAAAUGUGCGCAAGCACAAGCGCGGCGGCGCUUUCCAGCAGGAGCCACCUCGACGCCGCUUCGUCCUUGCAGCAAGCGGAGCAGCUGACGCACGGCGCCCUGAUCGGAAGGGCCACGUCGCUGGUCGCCGACGGCACCGGCACGCUCCUGUCGCAGAGCACCUUCGCGCUGGUCGACGCCCUCCACGGCUACGCUGAGGCCGUGCACACGCGCAUCGCUCUGCAAAGACGUUUCCUGAUCUCGCUGGGGAAAGUCAGCGCGGCCGACGAGGACGCGCUUCAGCGGGCCAUCUCUCAACAGAAGGCGCAGGUCAGCCAGCAUCUGGACCAAUGCAAACGCUUCGAGAGCACCUGGAUCAAGGCCGUCGACUUGUGCCAAAUGACGGCGGAGGCAGCGAGCGCGUCCGGGUCGGAGCAGGCCUCCGUCAUCUUGACGGCCAACGUGCAGCUGGCGCGCUCGCACACCCAGCGAGCCCGCGAGGCGGCGGCGGCGGCGGACAAGAAGCUGGCCGAGACCAAAGUGGACGAGAUCCAGAGGAUGGCCGAGUACGCCUCCUCCCUGGAGGACGCUGACGAGCUGGAGAUACACGAGGCCUACCUGAGAGAAGACUGAAGGGGACAUUGUCAAUCAUUGUAACAUUCUGAGGGAACUUGAGGAGUUUUGUUUAGACGCCACCUAGCGGCAUCCCGGUGUCAAGAAACAAGGGUGCCAGAUGAGACAGAAAUGGUGCUUUGGCACCACCGCUUUGGUGUCAUAGGAGCUCCGUUGAAGUGAGUUACGGCACUUUGACAAACAAAUUACUUUCUGUGUCCACGGAAGUCAUUCCUGGUUAUGAAAGCUUAUUUAUUUGAUUGAUCGAUUGGGAGCAAAUUGACGGUCCAGGUCGUGAAAUGUCCUCUUUGCGCUCAUUUCUUGAUGUAACAUUGUGAUAUUAUUUGGGGGGGCAGUGAAGCGCAUUUGCUUUGAGUCCAGUUUGUCUUGCUUUUAUUUAUAAUUGCUACUCUCGCUUUUUCUCACUUGUAUGAUUACAGUCAAGUGACGGCUCACCUUGUGUUUCAAGCACACAUUUGUCAAAGUUUCAUGUCUUUAUCAUAAUGAUAAGUGCUUUUAUUUCGAUGGAUUGCAUUGCAUUGCAUUGGCCGACACUCAUCUGGAAAUGAGAAAUAAAAGAUGUUUUCAACA